UAUUAAUGUGCCCGGCUCAGUCUCAAAGCAGAAAACUGUUGUCCAGCAGAUCAAGAAAGUUAAUCUGUUCUUCUUUCCAUCUUAGGACCUUUUAUCUGCGCAGAGAUGUCAACUGCGGGGAAGGUCAUAAAAUGCAAAGCGGCGGUCGCUUAUGACUUUAAAAAACCAUUGGUUAUUGAAGAAAUUGAAGUUGCUCCACCUAAGGCUCAUGAAGUUCGUGUCAAGGUUUGUGCAAGUGGAAUUUGCCACACUGAUGACCAUGCCCUGGUAGGGGGAAUGGCCAGUUUAAACUUUCCUGUUAUUUUGGGACACGAAGGAGCUGGAAUUGUCGAAAGUGUUGGAGAAGGUGUAUUCAAAGUUCAGCCAGGGGAUCAUGUUAUCCUGUUGUGCAGUCCAAUGUGCAUGAAGUGUAAAGCCUGCUUGCAUGAAGAAAGCAACUUCUGUGAAAAAAAUGAUGUUGGAAAAAAUGUUGGACUCAUGCUUGACAAAACAACCCGAUUUUCAAUCAAGGGAAAAAUGAUCCACAACUUCAUGUCCACAAGCACGUUUACUCAAUAUACUGUUGUGGAUGAGUUUGCCAUCUGUCGGAUUGAUAAACGUGCACCUAUGGACCAAGUGUGCCUGAUUGGCUGUGGCUUUUCCACCGGUUUUGGAACAGUUCUCAACACUGCAAAAGUUAAGCCAGGAACCACCUGCGUGGUGUUUGGUCUGGGCGGAAUAGGCAUGUCGGCUGUCAUGGCCUGCAAAAUUGCUGGUGCUACAAGGAUUAUUGGAGUUGACAUCAAUCCCACCAAGUUCACCAAAGCUAAGGAGUUGGGAUGUACUGAGUGUGUGAAUCCUAACGAUUGUUCCAAACCCAUCCAUGAAGUUAUUACAGAAAUGACCAAUGGAGGAGCUGAUUAUGCAUUUGAAUGUAUUGGCAAGGUUGAUGUGAUGGCAUCGAUGAUUCAGUCCACUAACUAUGCCUUUGGAUCAGCCACUAUUAUUGGUGUUCCUCCUAUCAAAGACAGAAUCUCCCUUGAUGCGAUGUGGCUGCUAACUGGACGUACAUUGCAUGGAGCCUUCUUGGGAGAUUACAAGGCAUCUGAAGCCUUUCCAGGAUUAGUAAAUGAUGUUUUGUCUGGGAAAAUCGACCUUAGUGCCCUGAUUAGUUACAAGCUACCACUAGAUGAUGUCAAUAAAGGCUUUGACCUCAUGAGAAAUGGAAAAACUAUCCGUACAGUCCUUGAAAUGUGCAAGCAUUAAAGGAAAUCUGGCAAAUUGACUAUGACUGUGAAACAUAGAUAUUCUUUUAUUUCAGUAAACAACUAUGUUUCUUUUUUUUUUGCUUCUGUCUUGGAGAUUGUUUAUUGUACUCCU